AUGGGCGAUGUAAGUUGUUAUAUGGGAGCGCCUGGGUCGGGAGCACCCGGUUCUACUGGUGGUUCGAGUGGAGGUGGAGGUGGCGGUGGCGGAGGUUAUAGCGGAGGUGGUGGAGGUGGAGGCUAUGACGGUGGAUAUGCAUUUCAGAGAGAGGAAUAUGCCUAUGGAGGAGGUGGAGGUAGGGUUUGUGAUGCUUCAGAGGAUAUUUUUUGUUGGAUUGUGCUCGAUCGCUGA